AUGAUGCCGCUUAAGGAUUCUUCGGCAAGUUUUCUAGAACUUGAAAAAUUCAAUUCUUUGUUCAGCAAUCACUGGACGAGUGUGAGAAUGACAAAGACUCUCGGAAAAUGUGAUUUUUAUUGUCCUAAUCCUCACACGGAGGUGAUUUCCUUCGAAACUUCAGAAUUUUCUGAAACUUGGUCAGAUGAAGCUUAUGAAGAUCCUGAAAGUAUCCACAUCGAAAUAUUCCUAUUUUUCGAAGAAUGAGGGUUCAUAAUCUGGAAAUAGCCCAAUUUUACAGGGCUUCUGUGUAGUUGAGUACCUCGUUCUCCAAAAUAGAACUUAAAGGAUCUUCAUUCGGAAUGUCAAAAAAAAAAUCCUGGCCGAUUUUCGGAAAAUUCUUCUGACCCAAAGUGAGAGUAUAAAGUUCUAGAAGGUCAGAAGCUUCGAUUUUUUUCAAAAGCCCAAGUUUUGUUUUUUUUUUUGUGUGUGAAGCAUGAAAGCCAAAACCACCUUCUUGGCAGAACUUUUUAAUUCGCUUCAACGUACCUUUUUCUUCUAGUAGUAGGAGAUCAGUCGGCGGUUCCGAUGACUCGGUGAUCCCGUCUCUGAAGCCCUCGAAUACGCUCGUCAUCAACACAACGCGGUUCGAACCGUCGGUCGAGCGGCCAAGAGAGCCGCCUCUUCAGAUCGACCGUCGCUUGUUCCACUUUGACGACGUCGACUACAGCGCCGAAGUCUGUCCCUGUCGCACCGUUGGGGUCGGUUUUUCUUUCUGGAACAGUUUUUAUUGGGAUUCUGAAGGUUCAACUGACUAGGGAACUGUUUUUGGAGCUUCAAACUUCGCAAAAUACACGAAUUAUGACAAAAAAGCGCUGUUUGAAGCCUUUGUAACGUCCUAACUCGAAAACGAGAUCUAUUGCGAGAAACUUUUUUCUUGUUCAAGAAUCAGGGGGUCCUAAAGUAAACUUUAGCAAAGUUUCAUCAAAAAUUUAAACCGGAAGGGGGCGGGGUUUAAACCGUUCUUUAGUGAGAUGGGCCUAGCAAAGUCAAGAAAGUUUAAAAACUAGUAUUUUUUUUUGGAAUAUUUUUUCAUUGGGUCUCAGAAGUCAAGUUGAGGAAGUUAAGGCAUCAAAAUUUUUUCUAGGACUGUUUUUUGGGUCUCUGUUAACCUGGCAUGAAACUAAGAAAGUCCAGACUUUUGAAUUUUUCCUGAAAUACUCUAUCUAGUCUCUAGAGUCUUAAUUCAUUUCGCUUGAAUUUGAGAAAGUUUAAAAAUAAGUAAUUUUUCCUGGAGUUGUUCAUUGGGUCCCUAGAGGUUCAAUUAACCUGGUGCCAAGUUAAGAAAGUUUGAAAAUUGGGUCUUUUUUGGAAUAGUCAAGUAGUACCCAUGCCAGUGGAAGGUUCUGCUCCCCUUGUGGUCCAAACAUGAUCAAAUACUGGGACCCCUCGGUACCGAACGUUUCUUAGCAUUUCUAGUGAUCCCUUUAGGGGCAUCAGCAUUCUUGGUUUCCGAUACCAAGGUCCGAGCUUGUCGAAAAAAUUUUUUGGAUUUGUUAAAACUAGUCAGAUUUGAAAAAUGUGUGAAAAUACUUCGAAAAAUCGGGAAAGGUUUAAGUUAGGAAAAAAAGUGCCAAAACUCUGACUGGAAGAAUUCAAAAUUGAAAGUGAAAAGGUACAACUAAAACUUGAAAAAAUGGCGAAUCUUCCUAGCUGGAGCGCCAUGACCGCACGUGGAAUGGCUCAAAGCGUUGCGGUCGGAAAAAAAAAGCUUGCUCCGACAUCUAACAAAGUCAAGUCGUUUUGAGCCGGUCGCACUUUAGAGCCAUUCCCCGUGCGACCAAUACUUUCAAGACGCGUCCGACCUGAAACGACUUGCGCGCAGAGGCGUAAUCAAAGUUCCAUAAAUGUUCUAAACUAAUUUGGCAUUGAAACCACUGCAAAUAUCAACUUUUUCCUUUGCAGUUUUGGCUCAAAGUCUUCGUUCUCCUCGGCUUGUUUCUAUUCAUCCAAAAGCUAGUCAUUGUUCACUACAAGUGGUGAGUUUUUUUCUGCUUUCUCUGCGCUUUCUCAUUUUUACACGCUGUUUAAAUUUUCUACUAGGUGAGAGAAAAGAGGGCGCAGACAUUAUAGAGAAUAGGAGUUCUAUCGCUAAUUUUCAGGUCGAAAAGCUUGGGAAAUGCUCGGGAAUGGACUUGGUUCGCCUUUUACGAUGGUAUCACCCUUCUUAUUUUUGUCAUUGUUUAUUUUUCGCGCAAGAAGGCGGCCUUCAAAACUCUGACGAUUGUUAUGGUUGGUUUCGAGAAAAUUUUAAAAAAUUUUGGACAAAAAAUAGAGCUUUCCUAUAGAGGGAAUCGUUUAGAAGUCAGUACUUUUGGUUAAAAAAAGCUGAAAUUUUGUACUGCUUGCCUUUGCAGAAAAGUUGCUCUAUUGAUAAAUUCGGCUUUUUUUUAUUUUUCAAGGACUCGGACAUUGGUAACGCAAAACGGACGUGCUCCGGACGUUUCUGGGCUAUUCUAGGAUCACUUAAGUGGUCACUAGAAAUGCCCCGACACGUCCGAUUCGCGUCCUGGUCGUUUACGGGCAACUCUAGGGACCACUUGAGAAGGUUGACGCCACUAGAGUGGUCUCUAGACUUCUCAGAAACGUCCGGGCGCGUUCCCCAGGUCCGUGGGACCUUUCUGAGGCUUAAAAUACUUAUAAAAGCCUACAAAAUUUCCCGCCAAAGUAUUUUUCAUAUUUCAAACUUUUUGAAGCUCGUCGAAUCGAUUCUCUUAUUAUUUUUCGUCAUCGCCUUCACCGACAGCUACAUCAACCUCAGAGCCAACGAUGAGAGUGUGGUUGCCAGAAGUGAAUUAUUCCAUAAUAAAUACCAAAAAAACAAGAAAAUCGUUCAGAUCUGUUCCUUCUGCUCAUCGUGACCAUCUUUUUCCGGUUUCUGCGACACUGUGGACUGAUUUACUACAUGUGGAAGGCGUCGUUCCCCAACGAACACAUUUUGCAACAAUAA